UCCAUCGAACUUUCCACUUCGUAUAUUGCACUGGUUUUAACGCGAUAAAGCUCUCACCCCCUCAACGGCCACGCAUGGCCUUCUCCACCUCCAACCCUCUACAGCGCCAGACGCAACCCUACUCCAGCACUCUCUGUAAGUCUCCAUGGACUUUCAACAAUUCCUUCAAAUUCCACUUUCCCUCUCCUUCUCCCCUCACUCUCUCACCACCUAAACAACGCCCUCCACUCCAACCACGCUUCUCACCCCUUCUUACACUUCGAACACCCUGUGCCCGCAUUGACGCCACGCUGACCGAGAAACGCCAAGAAAUCCCAUGUGAAACCUCGAAUGAUAGCAAUAAUAUAGCAACUUCAUCUGGGUUUUCUCAAUCUAGUGCUAAUGGGAAAAGGGUAGGCAGAAAAACCCGUAGAAAGAGUGUUAGUUCAGUAGAGGUGGAAAACCCUGAACUGACUGGUGCCACAAGGGACGGGGAUACGGCGAAAAGAUUGGAUUCUAGUGAAAAAAGGGGAAUCUGUUUUGAGUUUUCUAAUCUGUUUUUUGAGAGUAUAAGGAAAUAUUUUGAGAAAAAUUUGACUGGAAGUAAUGGGGAGAGUAAUGGAAAGAUUGAGAAGGGUUUUGGUAAGCAGUUGGGAGUGAAUAGGAGGAAGAAAGGGGAUAAGAAAGGUAAGGGUAAAAAAGGUAAGGGAAAUCCGCCGGAGGUUAUGUUGAAGCAUGGGUUGGAUAGGUGCUCCAAGAUGGGAGAUGUAUUGGGUGCACUUAUACUGUACGAUUCAGCUCGGAGAGAAGGUGUAAGAAUGGACCAGUCCCAUUAUACUAUUCUGCUGUAUCUUUGUUCUUCUGCAGCUACUGGUGGUGUUCAAACUGCGAAGAGUGGGAGUGGUGGUCGUAGUUCGAGUACUUUGGACCCUAUUGGUAAGGUUUCUACUUCGGAUACAGAAGUUUUGGGUAAAUUCGUUGUAUCCCUUGACCAAUGGAUCGAUUCGGGUGCCAUGGAAAUGGACUAUUUUUGGGUUCUAACUGAAGUAGGAAACGAGAAUUAUGAUAUACUUUUCCGUUUGAAGGAAAUUGGAAUGGUUGACAAUGGGAAGCCAAAUCCUCAGGUUAAGGAUGGGAGAAACGAUAUGGGAAUUGGUGAUUCAGAAAGUGGAGAUAUCAAAGACGGCGAUAACACAAAAAAAUUAGACAUUGGGGCGAGUAGUACCAUGAUCAAGGAGUAUGCACUUUUGAGAGGAUUCGAAAUUUGUAAUAGAAUGUGCUGCAACGAGGUCCCGAUGAAUGAAGCAAGUUUUACAUCUGCUGCUAGACUCUGUAUGGCAUUGGGUGACGGUGACAUGGCCUUUUUUAUAGUAAAGCAAAUGAAGCCGCGUGGAGUAAACCCUCGAUUGAGAUCGUAUGAUCCGGCUCUGUCUGCUUUCUGUAACUGUGGAGAUGUUGACAAAGCGUUUUCUGUUGAACAACACAUGUUGGAGCAUGGUGUAUACCCAGAAGAGCCAGAACUGGGGGCUCUCUUAAAAGUAAGUAUAGAAGCAGGCAGAAAUGAUAAAGUUUAUUAUUUGUUACAUAGGUUUCGAAAAAUUGUUCGGAAAGUUUCACCCUCUAUAGCGGUUUUGCUUGAGAAAUGGUUCACAAGCAAGGUAGCUUCAAAAGUAGGGAAAAGGAAAGUGGAUGAAAAUUUCAUACGGGAAGCAAUUAAAAAUGGAGGUGGGGGGUGGCAUGGACAAGGUUGGUUAGGUAAAGGGAAAUGGAAUUUUUUCCGCACGUCUGUUGGGACGGAUGGCUUGUGCAGGUGUUGUGGGCAGAAGUUGGCAACAGUAGAUCUUGAUCCUGUAGAAACUGAAAAAUUUGCCAAGUCGGUCGCAUCUCUAGCUGCACAGAGAGAGAAAAACUCAAGCUUCCGGCAGUUUCAGAAAUGGCUUGACCGAUGUGGACCUUUUGAAGCAGUUGUAGAUGGAGCGAAUGUUGGCACUCUUGGUAAAAGGAAAUCCAAAUCAUCGAAGCAGGGGCUGGUGGAAAUGUUGACCAGGGUAAAUGCUGUUGUGAAUGGAGUUCUUCCGCUGCUUCCUUCGAAAAAGUGGCCACUCAUUGUGUUUUAUCAUAGACGUCUCACUGGUUAUCAGUUGGAUAAACCAGUAUGUGUGGAACUGAUUGACAAAUGGAAAACUGUUGAUGCACUGUAUGCCACUCCGACAGGGUCAAAUGAUGAUUGGUACUGGCUGUAUGCAGCUAUAAAGAGUAAAUGCUUAAUUGUGACCAACGAUGAGAUGAGAGAUCAUUUAUUUCUCCUUCUGGGAAAUGAUUUCUUCCCCAGAUGGAAAGAAAGGCAUCAAGUGCGCUUCAGUUUUUCUGAUAAUGGUCUGGUGAUCCACAUGCCGCCUCCUUACUCUAUUGUAAUUCAGGAGUCAGAGAAAGGUCACUGGCAUAUUCCAAUUGCUUCAGAGCAUGACAAUGAAGGGGAAAGAACAUGGUUAUGUAUUACACGUGGUAAGUCACCUGGGUCAACACAAGUAACUGCUACCAUGCAUGAAGAUAAUCACUCACCUGGUGCAAUGCUUGUAACUGCUACCAUACAUGAAGACAAUCACUCACCUGGUGCAACACUUGUAACUGCUGCCAUACAUGAAGACAAUCACUCACUUGGGGCAACACAAGUAACUGCUUCCAUGCAUGAACGUAAUCACUCGCCUGAGGCAACGCAAGCAACUGCUACCAUACACGAAGGUAACCACUCGCCUGAAGCAACACAAGCAACUGCUACCUUACAUGAAGAAUCGCAAUCUCCAGUCUACAAUAAAGGAAGUGAAAGCUCAGACACUCCAACCAAAACUGAGGCAAUGCCAAUACUAUCUAAUGAUGGCAACAAAAAUAAAGACGGCGACUCUAAACAGCAGUUUGAUGAAUUUUACGAGAAUAUCAAAAAUAUAUUAUCAACACCCUUGCCCUCAAUCCGAAAGGAUCCAACAAUCCUGCCACAAAUUGAGGCUGCUGAGAAGCUCGGAGGCUGUGUGAUUGAUUUUGAAAUAUAAACUAUACAACUAACAUGUCAGGAGCUUGAAUGACACUGGACAUUGAGAGUUGUGAAGCUCAUGAAGCAUCCUCAAUGCCAAAUUAGCAGUUGAAACUCAUGAGGAUUUCAGAUGCAGAUCAAGUUUUUCUCCCUCAGUGUUAGGGUUUGAUUGAUAGGUAUAGUUAGAUAAAAUUCAAUUUGGCCAUCUAAGUUUGGAGGUUGGAGUUUGUUUCUCCCUCUCCUAGGGAUCAAAAUUUGUUCAGUCUGUUGUGUCAGUUAGCUAGGAAGAGGAAAAGCUUCUAAAACAUUUUGGAAUUUUUUUUGGAAACAACGUACCAAAAACGUAUCCGGAUCAGAAUAGGAAUGUCAAAAGUGGUUGAGAGUGUAUGAAAAUGUGAUUAUGGGGAUUUCCCACAGGGGUUGUAACAAUUUAUGAUUAGGGUUGUUUAUUACUAGUAAAUACUUCAAGAUGUUUUGGUGUGCUUUAUGUAUAUGUUGGUGGGAACAUUGGAAUUUAAGGAUUCCACUACUUCUUCGAUUCGGUUAACUAGGAAACAUAAAUGUUUCGUCUAUUUAUUUGCC